UCCUCAAUUCCUAGAUACGCCCCUAGUAGGAGUAGGAGUAGGAGUAGGAGUUAGAAGUCUCAAGCUAUAACAAUUUAAGCUACUUACUGAUUAGAGGGCAUAGCAGAAGAUCAUAAUGCCAACAUUAGUCAGAAAUGCCCACGUUUGGACUGACCAGUAUUUCAGUGACUUUAUCGAUACUACUACAAUAAAUGGAGUCUUUCAAAUUUUUAGAGGAAGAUCAAAAAUUAGGCAGAUAUUUUGGGGAUUGCUGUUCAUUGGAUCAUUUAUAGGCUGCAUUGUCACAUUUGGAUACAGCUUCAGAAAUUUUGCUCAAAAACCCACAGCAUCAACUAUUAAAGUUAUUACACAAGCACAAACUGGGCUGGCUUUUCCUGCAGUGACAAUAUGCAAUCUUAAUAUAUACCAAAAUCCCAAUUAUUCAAACGUCCUUAGCUCUGAGAUGUAUGCUCUAAUCCAAUAUCUUUUUGAGACAGAUGACAUCUUUAAUGAGUUUAACAUAACAAGUGAGUGUAAGGAUCUGAUAGAUAAUGCCAGCGAGGAUUAUGGAAAAGAAAGUCUGUAUGACAUGUUGCUACCAAAAGACUACAGCAGUAACUUGAUUUAUGAUUGUACCUUUCGAGAUGAUGCCUUGGGUGAUGCGAUGUCUUGCAAGGAUCAGUUUUAUCCUGUAUUGACACCAGGAGGCAUUUGUUAUACGUUCAACGGCGUCAGAAGUGAAAUGAUAGCUCCAGUUAUUAAAUCUAUUGGGAUUAAAUAUGGUCUGAAAUUGGUUCUGAACAUUGAGCAAGAAACUCAUCCGACGUUUGAUGGUAGGACCGGAGUGAAAGUGAUCAUUCAUGAGAGAAAUGAUAUUCCUCGCCCAAACCUUUAUGGUAUCAAUGUUUCUCCUGGUCAGAACAUUGACAUUGGCGUCUCGAGAUCUUUCUUCAUUGACGAAACCGAUCAAGAUAAAUGCAACAAUGACAUAGAAGGCAACUUUCCCUUUCUUCCAAAUAUCGUGUACUCUCAAUUUGCCUGUCGAAUAAAUCAACUUUACGAGCGUUUGUCACAGCAAAGAAAUUGUGGGUGCCUUCCUAUUCCAUACAGACCAGAGAGUGGUCCAUACACUAAUACACCUAAUUGCACUCUUGGUAAUUUGUGCUGUUUGUUAAGAGAAUUCCCAAUUGCGGAUGCUAGCAGUACCUGCCAGUUACCUUGCAAUUAUUCUGUCUAUGAGUACAGAGAUAGUUACUCCAGUUUUCCUAAUGGUCGUGCUCUUACUGAAAUUGCAAGAAAAGUAAAUAUGUCCAAAACAGAUGUCAAAGAAAACUUUUUAUCUGUAAACGUAUUUUUUGAAGCGCUACAUACAACAGAGUCCAUCACGCAGUACACUUAUGGGGCGGUUGACCUGUUGGGUGAAUUGGGUGGUAACAUGGGUCUAUUUCUUGGCAUCAGUAUAAUAUCGAUAAUGGAGGUUAUCAUGUUAAUCCUUGAUGAAAUAAAGCACUUGUGUCCCAAAAAGGUUAAAAAGAAAUUUGACAAUAUCGACGACAAACUUAGAAACUAUAUUCCUGAUAUUGCUCCAUCACAAACUGAUACUCCUAAUGCAUUGGAAGCAGGCACAGAAGAGGUGCAUGUAGAAGAUCCAUCUCCAAGUGAAGCCGACAUUAAAAGCAAUGCAGAAGCUAUUGAAGAGUCUUAAAUGAUGUCACCUACAAAUGGUGCAGAAGAUAGACAUUUUACUUUAUAACUGUUGCUUUAUUUCAUUUUUGCUCAAAAUUUUAUAGAUCUAGUAGUGUGUGUUUUUUUCUAUGAAUAAAAAAUAGAUUUACAUCAGCUCAG